AUGAGUUUGGGGGUCAUUGGACUCGAUUACGCUCUCAGGGAAGAGAAACCUAAGCCUCCAACUACUGGAGUUGCUGGGUAUGAUGAACUUAUGAAAGCUUAUGAAAUAAAUCUGGAGAAGUGGGACAAUUCAAACCAUGUCGCCUUUCUUGUUAUGAAAACUUCAAUCUCCCCUGAUAUCAUCGGGGCUCUCCCCGACAAGGGCACUGCUAAAGAAUUUCUGAAAGCAGUUGAAGAACAAUUCAAAAGUUCGGAAAAAGUAUAUUCUCGUGAGCUUCUUGGCAAGCUUCUUCAGAAGUAUGUGAUUGAAGGAAAUGUAAGAGGCCAUAUCUUGAGGAUGGUGAAUGCAACUUCCAAGCUUAAGGCUUUGGAGUUUGUCCUUAAUGAAAACAUCCUAAUCCUCCAGAUAUUAGAGUCUCUCCCUCCAGAAUUUGAUCAGUUCAAGAUCAAUUACAAUCCCCUGAAAGAAAAAUGGUCGCUCGAGGAGAUGACUCCUCGAGUUGUUGAAGAAGAAUAG